AUGGAAUCUCCACGCUCCCUUCGACGCCUCGCUGUCGCCCUCCUUUCUUUCACUCCUACUGUCCUAGCCCAGAACAAGGCUGAUGUCAUCUCGAAGUGUCUUGACGGGGCCGGCGUUCGAAAUGUCAUCGACACUGACAGCACCUGGGCACAGGAAGCAGUAAUGUUCCAGAAGCGUUACAAGCCUGAUCCUGAAGCUAUUGCCUUCCCUGAGAACAGAGACGAAGUCGCUUCCGCACUCAAAUGUGCUCGCGAAUCAAAGGUCAAGGCCAAUGCUCUUGGACCUGCGCACUCAUUUCAGGGCAAUGGCUUUGGAAACCCUGGCAACUUGGUUAUUAACAUGGCUGCUUUCGACGAGGUCAGCUAUGAUGAGAAGUCUACCAUCCUUACCUUUGGUGGAGGUACCCAUGUCGGCCCUGUUCAAAAAUACCUCUGGGAUACUGCUGGCCGUCACGUUCCGCAUGUCCGCGGUGCUCACGUCGGAGUCACAGGCAGUAGUAUAGGUGGGGGCUUUGGAACGACAUCCAGAUACCUGGGAACUCCUAUGGAUAAUCUUGUUGAGAUCGAGCUGAUGCUCUUUGACGGUUCUAUUGUCAAUGUGAAGAAGGGCCACGAUCUGUUCUGGGCUUCUCAAGGCGCUGGAGCAUCGUUUGGUAUCAUUCUCUCCGCCAAGACCAAGACUUUCAAACCCCAGUUCGACAAGGCUAUCAACUUCACCUUGACGAUGGGAGAUCUAACCCCCGAGGCUGGCGCAAAGGCUCUCGUGGCCAUCCAGGAGUACUCUCUUAGCAAGGACUGCCCUGACACGUGGGCUUUCCGAUGGAACAUCAUGGCUCCUCCUUAUGAUGGCAUUGGAUACUUCUAUGGUAACCCUGCUUCGUUUGACAGCGUCAUGGCUCCUCUUGUCAAGAAACUCAAGGCCAUCAGCUCCAAUACUGCCGUCAAGAGUACUGUUCUUCCCUGGUGGGAUCUCGAGGUUGCUAUCGCUGGACCGGGAAUGAAUUCACCCACCGGAGGAUUUCUUGGGGGACGAUCUUUCUACACUCAAUCUCUCGCCACUACCACUGACCACCCUCUCACUGUCAAGCAAGCCCAGAUCCUCUUUGAGGGCACCACUCUGGCUUUCAACCGCACCGACAUGACAAAGUUCGGAUACAUGGAUCUCUGGGGCGGUGUCUCCCGCUCUAUCAAGGAUAGCGACACUGCAUAUGCCCAUGGCAAGAAUCUUUGGUUGAUUCGUUGGGACGCCAAUGCCAUUGGCCCAUCCUACCCUAGUGAUGGUAUUAGCUACAUGAGAGCUUCCAUGAAGCCCUUCGAGGACUCACUUGUCAAGGGUGGUGCUAAGCUCCGUGGCUUCGUCAACUAUGCUGAUACGGAGCUUACCCAAACAGAAUGGAGUUCUCGCCUGUACGGCGGCAACUAUGAGCGUCUCAAGCAGAUCAAGGCUCGAUAUGAUCCUGAGGGUCUGUUUAUUAACCACAAGCAGUCAAUUCCUCUGCCUUGA